AUGCCCGCCAAGAAGCGCAUCGCUAACCUGAACCACUUCAUGGAGAAGCGUGUAAAGGUAAAACUGACGAGUGGCCGAUCCAUCUCUGGUGAGCUACGUGGUGUCGAUGAGUUUAUGAGUAUUGUUCUAUACGAUGCUGUCGAUGAGACCCCAACAUCGGGUACUGUCGAGAACGAAGAUAAAACGUCUCUGGGAACUGCCGUUGUUCGAGGGGCUAUGAUUGUGGAUAUUGUCGGUCUUGAAGUGUAA